AUGGCCUCACCAGCACCCCUUCAAAGGCUCCAGGCCCCAUUGCGACGGUCCUUGGCCCGAGCCGCUGUCCUUUCAUCCCGAACUUACGCCACUAUCCCUUCACCGUCCGACCCGGGGCUGACACAGUCAUCGCCAAGCCCAGCAGCCUCAACAACCCCCGCGAAGAAGGCCCCGCGACCGUCAUACUUCAAAGACACCACCGUCGCCUCCUUUUCCGAGUUCGUGGGCUCCCAGUCUGCCCCCCUCUCCCUCAGCGAAGCCUACGAGAUCAAGACCGCAGAGGUAGGCCCCGCCGGCCGCAAGCGCACCAUCACCCGUCUGCCAGAAUGGCUCAAGACCCCAAUCCCUUCCUCAGGUGCCAACCCCAACUUUGGCAAGAUCAAGGCCGACCUCAGGGGUUUGAACCUGCACACUGUGUGCGAGGAGGCGCGAUGCCCGAAUAUCGGCGAGUGCUGGGGUGGAAACGACAAGUCUGCUGCGACGGCGACGAUCAUGCUUAUGGGUGAUACUUGCACCAGAGGGUGCAGGUUCUGCAGUGUCAAGACCAACAGGAAGCCUCCGCCGCUUGACCCGCAUGAACCGGAGAAUACGGCCGAGGCACUGGCGAGGUGGGGGUUGGGAUAUGUGGUUUUGACAAGUGUGGAUCGUGAUGAUUUGGCGGACGGUGGUGCGAGGCACUUUGCGGAGACGAUUAGGAGGAUUAAGCAGAAGAAGCCGACGCUGUUGGUGGAGGCGUUGACUGGUGAUUUCAUGGGGGACCUGGACAUGGUCAAGAUUGUGGCGGAGAGUGGAUUGGAUGUGUAUGCUCACAACGUUGAGACGGUGGAGGGGUUGACACCGUAUGUUCGCGACCGGAGGGCUACUUUCAGACAGAGUUUGAAGGUGUUGGAACAUGUGAAGGCUGUCAGGGGCAAGGAGGGCAUCAUCACCAAGACGAGUAUCAUGCUUGGUCUUGGUGAGCAGGAGCAGGAGAUUUGGGAUACGCUGAGAGAGCUGAGAAAGAUCGACGUCGAUGUCGUCACCUUUGGGCAGUAUAUGCGCCCUACCAAGAGGCAUCUCAAGGUCGAAAAGUACGUCACCCCUGACGAGUUUGACCUCUGGAAGCAGCGUGCUCUGGAUAUGGGCUUCCUGUACUGCGCCAGCGGCCCUCUUGUCAGGUCAUCUUACAAGGCUGGGGAGGCCUUCAUUGAGAACGUUCUCAGGAAGCGCGCCGGCGAAAGAGCUGCAGCCUCGGCGAGUCUCGACCAAGUCGUGGCCGCUGAAGAAACCAAGGCUCUUUGA